AUGGUGCGCCGUCCAACGCCGGUGGCCGUGGCGGCGUCCGAGCCCCUGCUCUCCCCCGGCGCUGCUCCGGUGACUCCGUGCCCGUAUCCGUUGAUCUACCCACCAGAUCCGGUGCCGGUGCCGGUGAGGUCAUCGCUGGCAGCUAGGUUUGAACUCGCCCAGGUCAGGCUGGCUGGCAGCGACGGCCUCGCGUUCUGCAGUGGAAGGGCCGAGAGUCGCAACAGCGGAACCCUAGCCUCGACCUCUAUCUCCCUCUGGCCACAGCUGUUCAGGUCAACGGUGAAGGAUGAGCAGGCACUGGAGCCGCACGAUCUACGUCGGCAACCUCCCCGGCGACAUCCGGGAGAGGGAGGUGGAGGAUCUGUUCUAGAAGGGGGAGGCGUUCCACCACCACUAGCAGCAGCACCAGUGCCCGGCGCAGCAUUGCGUUGCGUCGCCGCAGCUACAGCUCUCGUCCGCUCCGACCUGCCGAGGCUUGCCACCGUGCUAUCCGCGUCGGCUGCCCGCACCUACUCGACGCCAUCCUCCACUGUUGUGGCGCCGCCUCGCACAGCCUUGCCUCCUACCAGGGCAAGGCAGAGUGGGCUGGAUCCAAGGGCUUGGUCCAACAAAGAAGUCAAACAUUUACAAGGGGUGAAUGAGAGAUUACUGAAAAGAAUUGUUGUACUAAAGGGAACAGUUAAAACAUUGAAUUCUAAAAUAGAUCCUUUGACCCUAGACGAUUCGCUUAACCAGUUUGUAGAACAAUGCUUGGGUUCAGAAGAUGUCAUUUAUCUAGUUGGUGGUUUUGAUGGCUUCUCAUUUGUGCCAUCACUAGACUCUUUUUCCCCUUCAUUGGACGUAGUAACACCCCUCAAACCAAUGGCUGUUGGCAAGUCAUAUACCUCAACUGUUGCACUAGAGGGCAAGAUAUUUGUUCUCGGUGGUGGUGAUGGUGUUUGCUGGUUUGAUACAGUUUACUGUUAUGACCGAAGCCGUGGUGAUUGGUCCACAUGCCCAUCGUUGACUCGUGACAGGUGGAGCCUUGCUGGGGUUAGUGUCAAUGGGAGAAUCUAUGCAUUUGGUGGUGGAGAUGGAACUGAGUGUUUCUCUGAUGUUGAGAUGUUUGAUCCUACUCAUGGUAAGUGGAUAAAAAAUCAGCCUAUGCUGGAAAAGCGCUUAACUCUAGCUGGUGUGGCACUAAAUGGUGUGAUUUAUGCUGUUGGUGGCUUCAAUGGUGUUGAAUAUCUGAGCACUACUGAAAGACUUGAUCCUCGGGAGCCUAACUGGAAAAUGCUACCAAGGAUGAGUGCAGGAAGGGGCUGUCAUACACUUACAAUGCUUGAUGAGAAGAUAUUCUCGAUUGGUGGAUACGACACUGGCCUAAAGCAAUGGUGGCUACUGUUGAGAGGAUAUCAUUCUUCAGCUGUGCUCGGUGGCUCAAUAUUCACCUUUGGUGGGGUGAAAGGUGAAGCAGAUACAAUCUUGGAUGUGGGCCAGAAAGUUUUAAUAUUCUUCGAGGACAUUCAAGGGCCACAAUGUUUCUCAUAUGUAACAAUGCUGCACAAGCCAUUCUAUCUUCGUUAUUCCUUAACCACAAUUUUAAAGAAGUAUUCAUCAACUGUUGCCACAAUAUUUACUGUCCUAGCUUCUGCUGCAUUCUUGGGGCAUACCUUGACCAUUAAUUUUCUCCUGGGCAUAUCAGUGGUGUUUAUUUCAAUGCACCAGUUCUUUUCUCCACUUGCUAAAGUCAAAGAUGACAAACCAGCUGACUUAAUAGAGUUGGAAGAUACCCAAAUUCACCGGUCAUCUGAAUCUUCUUUUGUAAAUAUGACCGCUGGUGCCGCUGAUGAUGUAGGAUAG